UAAUGGUCUGUUGUAAGUUUCAAGCAAAAGAGACUAAAUAGAGAGACGCAGCAAAUUCUGCUAUAAGUACUCUCCGUCUCUCCCUCUGUAUAUUCCUCGAAUCUUCACCUUUCCUCCACCAGAUUCCUCAGAUCUCCAUUUCCGUGCCCUAGAACUCUCUCUCUUUCUCCAUCUCUCUCGCUAGAUCCGUGUAAACGGCGUUUCAUUUCCGUAAUUUUCGAAUCGGAACAGUGAAAUCUCCGUUUUCCUUCCCAGUAGCUCGAAUCUGAUCGGAAAAGGCGAAUUUCGAUGCCGGAUUCUAAUCGAAGAAAGGCGAAUUCCGGUGAAUUUGAUUUUCGAAUUCGAUUGUAGCGUUUGAUUUCGAAUCAGAUAUCAGAAAACUUGAUUCAGGAAUUUUCCGGUCAUUUUCUUCGGGAUCGGGGGAAUGACACCGAUGGAGUUUCUGGUGGCGGGAUCUUGUUGAAUCUGAAUGGUUUCGAUCUUAAAAAUGCUGAUGAGUUGAGGACAUUGCUUUUGUUGGUGUGGCUGCUUUUGCACUGUAGAGUGUUACAGUGCUGAUACUUGGCUGGCACUUGGUGUUGAGCGGAUGAAGAACGGGAUGAUAGAAUGCAGUGUCUGCCAUUCUAAAUUGGUUUCCCCAACUACCAGAGCUGUCUCGAGGGCCUAUGACCAGCAUAGGAGCAAGAUAUCAUCAAAGCAUCGUGCUCUCAAUGUCUUCUUGGUCGUUGGUGACUGCAUCUUGGUUGGUCUUCAGCCUAUUUUAGUCUUUAUGUCUAAGGUGGAUGGGAAGUUCGAGUUUAGUCCUGUCAGCGUUAAUUUUUUGACAGAAGCUGCAAAGGUUGUCUUUGCUGUUGUUAUGCUUUUGUUCCAGGCUAGACAUCAGAAGGUUGGAGAGAAAUCCCUUCUUUCACCUUCUACGUUGGUGCAGGCAGCUCGUAACAAUGUCCUUCUUGCUGUUCCAGCUUUUCUAUAUGCCAUCAAUAACUAUCUAAAGUUUACCAUGCAGCUGUAUUUUAAUCCUGCUACUGUGAAAAUGCUGAGCAACCUGAAGGUAUUAGUAAUUGCUCUCCUAUUAAAGAUAAUAAUGAGACGGCGGUUUUCAAUAAUUCAGUGGGAGGCUCUUGCUUUGCUGCUUAUUGGAAUUAGUGUGAAUCAGCUUCGAUCACUACCUGAGGGUACUACUGCUUUGGGUGUUCCAGUUGCAAUGGGUGCAUAUGUAUAUACAUUGAUCUUUGUAACUGUUCCCUCUAUGGCAUCAGUUUACAAUGAAUAUGCUUUGAAGAGCCAAUUCGAUACAAGCAUCUAUCUUCAGAAUUUAUUUCUAUAUGGCUAUGGUGCUAUAUUCAAUUUUCUUGGUAUUCUUGGGACAGUCAUCGUCAAAGGGCCCAGCAGCUUUGAUAUCCUUCAUGGCCACUCAAAGGCUACACUGUUUCUUAUAUGCAACAAUGCAGCACAAGGGAUUUUGUCCUCAUUUUUCUUCAAAUAUGCAGACACAAUUUUGAAGAAAUAUUCAUCAACUGUUGCAACAAUAUUUACUGGCAUAGCUUCUGCAGCUUUGUUUGGUCAUACUCUGACUAUAAACUUUAUCCUGGGAAUCUCUAUUGUCUUUAUCUCAAUGCACCAGUUCUUCUCACCACUUGCAAAAGUCAAAGAUGAACCACAAAUCGAGAAGUUAGAAAUGAUGGGUCAGAAUAAUCACAGGUCAAAUGAUUCAUCUUUCAUAGAUAUGGCGGCUGGAGCAACUGAGGAUGCUAGCCAUCGUGUCGGAACUGGUGACCGAGAACCACUUCUCCCCAAAUGAUGUUAUUCUUGAGGGAAUGUUUGCAAGGAGAUUCUUUUGGCCGGUGGACUUCGUUUUGCUAUUUAGACAUGAGCCAGUUCUCACUAAAAUUAAUAAAAUAAGAUGAGUAGAAAAGAAGAGAAGAAAAAGUUUUUUAAAAAAAUGAAGAUAUUUUUUCCCCACUUUUUUUUUUGGGUCCCGUUCCUCCCUUUGGCAUUCUUACACUUAUACUGUAACUUCUGGUAAGAGAGUCAAAGGAGAAGAGAGCAAGAGCAUUGGUUUUUGUAAUGUAAGAAACGGAUUUGAGAGCUGCUGUCAGCUGUAUCCAUUCGAAGGGCAGAAAAGUUCCUGUUUCCCCGCCUUAAAAUGCAUAUGCAGACGAGGUACUGUUGCUGUGUAUUUCAUUUCUAGUAAAAAAGAAGAAGGAAGAAGCAAUCUCCUCAUUUCCUUUUUAACUCAAAUGAUGUUGUAUCCUUUUGUUCUGGUUCCUUGGACAUUGAUACACAUUUUAGUAAUUCUGUCUUUCCGUAUUAUUAUUUAACAGCAGAUGUUACUUGUCCA